GCGGGGACAAUAUGUUGGUUUAUGGCUUCAAACCGUUUGCGAGCAAGCAAUUAAACAUAAUAGUCACCAAAGACGGCCUGACAUGCCAAUCUCCGACUAGACCAUACCGCUACGAAGAUUCCUACGCGUGCGUUAAACAAAUACUAGAUAAAGUCAUUGAUAAGCUAGACUUGGAGAAUAAGGAGUUUGAUUUCGUGGAGUUUAGUAGCUCUGAAAUGGGGCACCUGAAAACAGGCUUGGAUAGGAUCGAUGAAGAUUUCUUGAUUCACUCGGAGACUGAUGAUACUUCCGAAGCGACUGAUGUUUUGGAGAAUGUAUCCGGUUCGGGACCAGAGUCGAGAGUCUGCAGCCAGUGAGAAGAGCCUGAGCAGCGAGAGUGUCCGCGUUAGGAAGCUAAUGGAGUACAUUCGGCAGAAAACCGCGGAGUUUAACAUAGGGCCGCAAGUGGCCGAUGUUGAUUGAUCCGUUUUUGGUUCUUUUUUGUAUUCGUGUUUCGAAAUAUACGUGUAAAGUUCAGUUCAACUUAUUUUUUGAGAAACGUUUUAUCAGAAUGGCAACGUUCACGUAAGUUAUUUGUGUCACUUAAGCUCUGCAUGGUUUCCUAGGAUAGGUAGCGGCAGUCUCCAUACAAAAUACUACGACAUCCAGCUCUGCAUACAAAAUACUACGACAUACAGAUUCAGCCGUGUUAUUUUGUAUGGAGACGGCCGCUAUAUGAUGGCACCGCUAUCCUAGGAAAAUCGAGCUUUAACUUCAAACUGGUAAAUCCAUUCGACCCACUCAGAAAAUAUCUACCAUUACCUUUUUAUUACCAAAAUCGCAUAAUCUGACAGAUGGAUUUACCCGAGCUUGAAGUUAAGCGACUCUUUUCUAUAUGUAGGUAAAACCGUUACCGUUUCUAUACAUCUG